AUGCCUCCAAAGCAAGCUACGUUGGGGAAAUUCUUCAAGAAUCCCAAUGGCAGCGACCCGGCAGCCCCGCCCAAACAAUCGAAACUCGCAUUAUCAUCUCGAUCAACCGCGAGAAGUGGCACCGCAGGUGAAAGCAGCGUGGCCGAUAACAAGGAUCAUGAUUCAAUACAAGGAACUUCCGAUGCUGAGGUCGAGGUGAUAGUGAAAGAGGAGACCGUUGAUUCGAAAGAAAAUAUGAGCCCCCCAAGAGAAACGAAGAAGCGCUCUAGGUCCCCACCUGGAAAAUCUGAAGCGAAAUCAAAGAAGGCCGAAGCCAAACAGGAGCCUGCUGAGGACGAGGGGGAUGAUGAUGAGCCUAUUAUUAAACGACCACGGCGAUCCGCGAAGACAGAUACAGCAAUUGCAGAAUCCGUUACGCCAAAAUCAAAAUCAAAAAAAGCAUUUGAAACUCCAGCAAAAGCCGCUAAUGGUGAACUACCCCAACGGAAAAAAUCCAAGGGAGAAGGGCACAAUUUUGAUGACGCGGAAAUCAUUCCUGCAAACAAGGAAGAGAUGGAGAAGCGAGAGGGUAGCCCUUCAUCUGCAUCAGAGGUUGAAGAGGGUAUAGAAGAGGACGAGGAGGACGAGAAACCAGAGGUCGCUGCAAAAGCUCGGGAGAAAGUCCAGACUACUCUAAAAUCGAAAGCAAAAGAUCCUUACCCGGAUUGGAAGCCUGGAGAGCCGGUCCCAUAUGCGGCUCUAUGUACAACGUUUUCGUUGAUUGAGAUGACCACGAAGAGGCUUAUUAUCCAGGCCCAUUGCUCGUUGUUCCUCCGCCAGGUUCUGCGGCUUACUCCGGGCGAUCUUCUUCCUACUGUUCUGCUUAUGAUUAAUAAGCUUGCUGCGGAUUAUGCUGGUGUUGAGUUGGGUAUCGGCGAGUCUCUCAUUAUGAAGGCAGUCGGUGAGACUACGGGUCGCAGUUUGCAAGUGAUCAAGCAACAUCAAAAAGAAAUUGGAGACCUGGGCUUAGUAGCUGUUAAAAGUCGAGCGAAUCAGCCUACGAUGUUCAAACCAAAGCCAUUGACCGUUAGAGGUGUGCAUAAGGGCCUGAUGGAUAUCGCUACAGUCACGGGCAAUGGUGCUCAAGGACGGAAAGUUGAUGCCAUUAAGAAGUUGCUCUCAGCUGCAGAUGGACAUAUGUCUGGAAAGGUUGAUAUCACCAAAGAUAAAGGAGGUGCAAGCGAGGCGAAAUUUGUUGUUCGGUUUCUUGAGGGAAAGUUACGUCUUGGGUUAGCGGAGAAGACUGUUCUUGUUUCCCUCGCCCAAGCUAUGGUAUGCCAUGAAAUAGAGUCAAAACAGGAAUCCGGAGCGGUUCCAAGCACCGAUGAACUGGCAAAGGGCGAGUCGAUAUUGAAGGAGGUCUAUAGCGAACUUCCCAGUUAUGAAGUCAUCAUUCCAGCAAUGUUGGAACAUGGAAUAUUUAAGCUGCAUGAAAAUUGCAAGCUACAACCAGGCGUGCCUCUCAAGCCUAUGUUGGCGAAACCUACAAAGGCCAUUACGGAAGUUCUCGAUCGAUUCGAAAACCAGACAUUUACUUGUGAAUACAAAUAUGACGGCGAAAGAGCGCAGAUCCAUUACGUGGCUAAGGAUUCUAGAAUGCAAUACAAAGGUCCUGCUGCAGCUGCUACGAAAACGUCAACCGGCGCAAUUUCCGCCAUUUUCUCUCGAAAUUCAGAGGACCUCUCCAAAAAAUAUCCGGAUAUCUUGGCCAAACUGAACACCUGGGUCAAGAGUGAUACAAAAAGCUUUGUUCUUGACUGCGAGACGGUUGCUUGGGAUCUUGUGGAGAAGAAAGUUCUGCCCUUCCAACAACUCAUGACCCGGAAAAAGAAAGAUGUCAAGAUUGAGGAUGUUAAAGUUAAGGUUUGUGUGUUUGCAUUUGAUUUGUUGUUCUUGAACGGCGAGGCAGUGGUCAAGAAGUCGCUUCGAGACCGACGAGAGCUGCUUUCCAAUGCUUUUAAUCCUAUAGAAGGCGAAUUUGCAUUCGCUACUCACAUGGAUGGGCAAGAACUCGAUGACAUACAGCAUUUUCUUGAUGAAAGUGUGAAGGCAUCUUGUGAAGGUCUAAUGGUCAAGAUGCUGGACGGGAAAGAGAGUGGCUAUGAGCCUAGCAAACGAAGUCGCAACUGGCUCAAGAUCAAAAAAGAUUACCUCUCUGGCAUUGGCGACUCGCUUGACCUGGUCGUGCUCGGAGCCUACUAUGGAAGGGGGAAACGCACCUCCGUCUAUGGAGCUUUCCUUCUCGCGUGCUACAACAGUAAUACCGACACCUAUGAAACAGUUUGCAACAUUGGCACUGGAUUUUCCGAGGCUAUUCUUGAAGAAUUGUACACUCAGCUUAAAGAUAUCGUCAUCGAUCGCCCGAAACCCUUCUACUCUCAUUCGACAGGUAACCCGCACCAGCCUGAUGUCUGGUUCGAACCGAAAUACGUUUGGGAGGUCAAGACUGCCGACCUGACUUUGAGCCCACGGUACAAGGCAGGGUCCAAGGAGGGUGUCGAUCCUAGCGGGGAGAAGGGCAUCAGUUUGCGGUUUCCGAGAUUUAUUAAACUGAGAGACGACAAGAAACCAGAUAUGGCGACUAGUUCGAGGCAGGUAGCGGAGAUGUAUCGAAAGCAGGAGAGUGUGACGAAGAAUAAGGGACCAUCGGUGGAUGAUGAUUUCGAGUAUUAA